AUGAUCUAUCGCUUUGUUACAAGGGCCAGUGUAGAACAGCGGAUCACACAGGUACAUAGUGCUGUACAUUAUAACAAGUGUAAGGGAAAAUAUUUAUUUUAAGCGACUAAACAAAGUAUAGUCAGUUCCUGCUAUUGCAAACAUAGUCUAAACAAUAAAUGUUUGGAUUCAUACUUCACAUUAAUGGGACACGUUUAUGGCUCCCUCCUUGGUGGUUUUAAAUUGGAGGUGUGUUGGUACAGUCUUUACCUGCUAGCAGGGGUGUCGUGAGAGACCUCUGCUAGCAGGGAAGUGCAGUCUCUGAUGAUGCUGAUAAUUGUGUCACAGCUUCUGAUUAACUAUAAAAAAAUAUCGGGCAAAAUGAAUGUUAAUAAGCAUCAUUGGCAUGUUUUAGGUUUUUAAAGGAAUUAACGUUGUGGUUGGAAUAACCCAAAUUGGAAAAACAUGAGAAAUUCCUCCCAAAUCAAGGAAAAGGUUGCAGUGAAUGAAAAUUCAAUCCAAUAUUGCUUUGUUCACCCGAGCCCAAUUGUCUAUUUUACUGUUGACUCUAUUAAAGAAACCUUAUCAAACUACAGUGCUAUGUGGAAACAAAACAUUGAAGAAUAGCUACUUUUGUGUAUAGUUGCAUCCCAGUUCUGAAAAUUUUGUGUUAACAUAAUAUGAUUCAAAAUAUCUGGAAAAUUGUAAUUAUUUGAUUUUUGUUUAUUGAGAGACCUCAGUCUCGACCAAUUUACUUCCCCAAUCAGUGUGAAACAUACAAAUUCUUUAGAAGCGCCAUUUUUGUGUAGAUGUAUAAUAUGCCUCCUUAAGCUUUGAUGACCUUGAUCUUCGCUUGAAAGGUUGCCAAGAAGAAGAUGAUGUUGACUCAUCUUGUGGUUAGACCCGGCUUGGGAUCCAGCAAAACUGCUGUCAUGUCUAAGAGUGAGCUCAAUGAUAUUCUCAAAUUUGGAACACAAGAACUCUUUAAGGAUGACAAUGCUAAAGAUGGAGGUUAGUCUUCUACUGUCAUACCUUUCUUUAGUGAGUCAAAACAUUCCUGACACCACCUUAAGCCAGGGGCACCCAGUGACUGUUUUCUGUGAAAUAUCUGUUCGGAGAAGCAACAAUUGCCCAGAACUUUCAAUAGCUUGAGGAAGGCUAAAACUUUCUAGAUGACCAUUCAUGUACAAUUUUCGAAGCUUAUCUAAUAAAUUCCCUACGAUUUUCUGAAGUUUAAUUUUUCCCAUUUCACUCUCCAGGUUAAGCUAUUUUUCGUAAAGAAAUGGAAACCUAAAUUUUCGCAACCGAGAGUGCGAUGCAGAGAGGAAUCAGAAAAGUUCCCACUUUCGUGUAACUUUAAAUUGCAGCUUACGUUUUCAGGAAAUAAUUUUGAAGCCCUUGUGAUUUUAAAGACUCAUUAGCGCCACUUAGAAUACAUUUAUUUGAGAUCUAAAAGUACUCUGAAUAGCCUAAAAAGUGUUUUCAAUGCACUUCGGAGGAAACCGUCGUUUAGUGCCCCUGUUAAGCUACGUAACACUUUGAUGAAGACAAAUAAAGAGAACUUCCAGAAAAAAUGAUCAUUUAAACAAGACUGAGGAUACGCUGUACAUUAUAAGUGGCAUUUGCCUUUUUCUAAUCCAAAAUAUAUGCAGUAAUUAUGUUUCUUUUUUUUUUAACUUACUGAAAAACAAGUGCUGGUACGUGGAAGACAUAUGACUUUGCAGACGCUAUUGAUAACUCCGAAAUGGUUUAUAACUGGUGACAAGAUAUGUAUCACUUGGUGAAAGGAACUGAAGUCUAGAAUAUGAGUAGUCUUUUUUUUCCCCUGGGGUGUCAAAAGGAGUAAAACAUGAGUGAGCCAUCUUCCACGCCCUGCCAUGUUUUUCUGCUGCUAAGAAAAAUAAAAAAAUGGAAAAAACAGGAGAUACCGAGAUCAUAUUUCUUAAGCAUGCCGAAAUUUACAUUCUAAAUCGAUUUUCUUUUAUUGUCAGACUCGGGUGACUCAGGCCGCAUAGACUAUGAUGAAAAAGCCGUCAUGUCACUGUCGGACCGUACCAGUAGCCAUGAUGAUGCUCCUGAUGAAGAGAAAGACAUGUUGGCUAAUGAAUACCUCGCUUCUUUCAAGGUAAGACUCAGGCCCUGUUUAUAUGGAGAAAAGUUGUACCGGGUGGAAGGGUCACUUGCCUACCCUAGCUACCCUGGGCAAGCCUGGUUCUCAUAUGCCGCCGAUGUAUCUGCAACGUAGCUGCUGGUAAUGCCUGGGCUACUUUUCGGACAAAUGAGAACAUGCGCCGCCGGCAACUAGAGCCAUCACCAAGUUUUACUGCCGGCAUGCCUGCGAAGAUAAACUCGAGUCAGCUUCCCAGGCAUGCCGGCGGUAAAGACUGGUCUGACCAAUGUUGCUGGCUACUUCUGUUCUCAUAUCGGAACAGUAUCCCAGGCAGUACCGGCGGCCGCGUCGCAGGUGCAUCAGCGGCAUAUAAGAACUGGGCUUAAAUACAAAAAGUAGGCGGGGGAUCAA